AAGGAUUCAUAGCCAUCUGGGAAUAGAGGAAUCAGCCGACAGCUUUGGCGCGUUCAAUAGGAGCUAAUGAAGGAGCGGGAGAAGGCCUGAGAGCCCUCGGCGCUCCGUGCACGUCAGCUUUACUAAACGUCAAGAACCCUACUAGCCCAUAUUGGCGCCAACCUCUAGUGAGUGACCAUUGCCUCCAAGAGAGAGUAACCCGCUGUCCACCUCUCCGUACUGAUACAAACCGCUCCCUCCAGCAAUAAUAAAGAAGGAACCAUUCCAAGCCAUGUCAUGUUUUAGUAUGCGUGUCCUUCUAGACUAGUGUGGGAUGUGAGGAGUAGGGCCGGCACCAGGGCACAUGCACACCCUCACACACCGCCCUCGCUCCGCUACCUCCAUGCAGCAUCCUCAGGAGUCACCGGGAGUGCUGCUCAUCAGUGACAAAUGACACCGUGUCCCUGAAUGAUUAAUCACAGGCGGAGGAAUGAAGGAAGGAGCGCUACAUACAGCAGCAUCCUGAGCACUGAGCACACAAGAAGGCUGCAUGUACGUGCGGGAGCGCCUCCUGAGGGGAAGACCACAGACAAGACGCACAGCUGCCUGGACUGAGGAGGGGGAAACGGGAGCUCCGGCACUGCAGAGGACCGCGCCACUGCGAACAAUGCUGUAAGGAGGAAGCCAGCGGGCACCACUGACGAGGACGCAAAAAGCUGUUAAAAUGCCAGAACAAAGUAAUGAUUAUCGAGUAGUUGUGUUUGGUGCAGGAGGUGUUGGGAAGAGCUCACUAGUUCUACGUUUUGUGAAAGGAACAUUUCGAGAUACGUAUAUUCCCACCAUAGAGGACACAUAUCGACAAGUCAUCAGUUGUGACAAAAGUGUUUGCACCCUACAAAUUACAGAUACAACUGGAAGUCACCAGUUUCCAGCCAUGCAGAGGCUUUCCAUUUCCAAGGGCCAUGCCUUCAUCUUGGUCUUUUCAGUCACCAGCAAACAGUCAAUAGAGGAGCUAAAGCCUAUCUAUCAACAAAUCCUGCAGAUUAAAGGAAGUAUAGAGAGUAUUCCUGUAAUGCUAGUAGGAAACAAGUGUGAUGAAACGCAACGUGAAGUGGAUACAAAAGAAGUGGAGGCAUUGGCCAAAGAGUGGAAAUGUGCCUUCAUGGAGACCUCAGCCAAGAUGAAUUAUAAUGUGAAGGAACUUUUCCAAGAGCUUCUUAACUUGGAAAAAAAAAGAAACAUGAGUCUGAAUAUUGAUGGCAAAAGGUCAAGCAAGCAGAAGAGGGCAGAAAAAAUUAAGGGGAAGUGCAGUCUCAUGUAAGCAAUGAAAACACUGGUGCAUCCAUUUCAUUCAUGUAUAUGCACAGUCAUACCAGUUUUCUCUUUUGUUGUUGCUUUGAAGAAAAGAAGUCAUGUCCUUGCUGCAUUUUAACACUGUGACUUUCUAGGCAUACAGAAACUGCCUUGAAAUUUCAUUGUGCAGCAACUACAGAUUUUGCUUUACAUCCAAAUGUCAUUAAUUUUAUUUUUGGAGAAUGCAAAAUCUGACAGAACAAUACCCCUUUUUCCCCUUUUCUAUUUUAUUUUAUUUUUUUAACAAAGAACAGUGGAACUGUGAAAUAUCUGUUUUGCUUCACCAUGCAUAUAUAACACAAUAAUAUACAAGUUCAUAGCUGUUAGCCUAACAUAUACAGAUGUAUGACUCACUCAAUUCUAAAAGGGUGGUGCUUAAAUAAAGUAUCAGGAAUGUGUCCUGGUCCAAAAGAUCUUUCAAAAGGGAUGUUUUGAGGAGCACAAACAGGUACAUUAAACAGAGUCACCUUUGACCUUAUCAAUGUAGUACUGUCAUGACAAAAAAAGGCCAGAAACAAGAAAAAUGGUACUUCACAGACUUGACUUAAAAAAGCAAUGUGCAUGCUUCUGUCGAUUGUUCAUCUGAAAGAUUAUACUGUUCAUUGAAUUUAAAGAAGAGAAAACCUUGGCUCUACAGAUUAAGAUAUUUUAUUUUGUUGUUAACUCACAUAGCAUUUAUGUGAGUCUGAAGGUAUGGACUUGACUACAAUGGUAAAUACACACCUAUAUUGGCAAAUAAUUAACUAGAAAAAAAGAGGGAGACGAAACUUUGGCACUUAUUACUUUAAACAUGUUCUUAAUAUAAUACCAAAUUAUGAAAAAGAAUAAUAACAUGUCAAAUUGUGGUUUAUUACUCUUUGUAAGAGCCGAAAAUGAACCUGAGGCUAUGUUCACACACAGAUGUUUGGAGGGGGGGUUUACAUACAUCAGAUGAACAAUAUAAUGCCCAAAAGUCGAACAUACUUUUCCAAAUAACAACCCAAAAGCAAAAAAGGCUAAACAUUUAUGGUAAUUUUUGAGACUCAAAAAACAAUGUGUGAACCUAGCCUGAGAUACUGCUGAUGUAUGAAAACUCAUUGAAAAGUAUUUAUAUACAUAAUAACAUUCAGCUUCAUGUUGACUAUACAUAUUGUAAGAGGAAAACCUUCUAUAAAAAUAGAUGCUUUGCUCUUUUGUCUGUCCACAACCUAUUACAAAACUCUGUGUGGCAAAAUGGGACAGCUGCAAGCUGAUACUAUGGAGGCACUUAGAGUAUUCAUAUUUGUAGUGCAGUAUAUUGUGAAUAUUUCAAAAGAACAAGCAGACCUACUUGUAUAUGGCCUUUGUUAUUGAUAAAGCAUGUAUAAAUCAUUUCCUAAAAAAAUAUCCAAAUAUUUGAAAAUGAACAUGACAUUUAUUGAUAAAGAUAUUAUUUUCAUAGAAUGUACACUAUGGAAAGGGGUUGUCAAGUACAAUGUUAUCAAUCAUCAUACUUAUAUAUACAACACAUAUCUUGUAACCUUUACCCUUCCCUGAUGUAGAAAGCUAGCAACGUAUGUAUGAUGUUCAUCAUCUAUGUGUAGUAUUAACCUAAUUCAGAGCAAAGCGAUAAAGGCACAAGAGGUAGGUAAAUCCUAUUUGAUUUGCUCCUAAAUCAUGCAUCUUAGGCCCAUAGAGAUGUGUUUCCAAGCACAAUGUAGUUAUUUCCAAAUAAACAGAAUAGCACACAGCCUAAAAUUCUAUCAAGCAUGAGUUUUGAAGGCAAAUUUUACACAGUAAAUGUGUAGCCAUUGAAUUCUCCAUAAAACACAAUAAAGCACGUUUGACUACAAUGUUUGUCAAUCUACAGAAGGUAUUGUAAAACACAGUGUUUUGGAAACUAAAGAGUAUCCAAAAACUGAAGAGCACAAAACUUAAUGUUAAAAGCACAAGGAAUUACCAGAUAUUAAGUAGGAUAACCUUUUUUUAUUUAUAGAACUGGUGUUUUUUGUUUCACAUGUAUAGACCAUUAAAGAUAGCUACAGGGUCAUAUUACUCUGUAGAUAAGGAAACAUAUACUGUAUUCAUGUUAAGUACAAUCAAAAUGUCCGUUAUGUUUGUUCAUUGGCCUACAAGAGCAUAUGUCCAAUGAGAAAGGAACUAAAGAUAAAGAUACACAAAUACAAAUAUACAAACAUAUAUAGUUAGAAGCAAAUACUUAUUGUAUACAGCAAUGAAACAGUAUAGAGAUAGGAACCAAGCAUACAAGUCUGGUGGACCAAGGACCAAAACCUAGGGACACAAGUGAGGAACCAGCGAUGUUUGUCUGUAGAGUCAGGAACCUAGGUCUACAGGUGUCUACAGAGCUAUGUACCAGGGCUAAGUAUCUGUGGAGACCGAAAACACUUGAUCAUGCAAAUGGAAACUAAGGAUAUGUGUUCAUAAAGAAGUGUACCAAUGAUCUUUGUCCCUAGGAGAAAUCUGUUCAGGAACCAGAUGUUUUUAUAUACAGUCAUGACCGUAAAUGUUGGCACAACUGAAAUUUUUCAAGAAAAUUAAGUAUUUCUUACAGAAAAGAAUUGCAGUAACACGUUUUGUUAUACACAUGUUUAUUCCCUUUGUGUGUAUUGGAACUAAACCAAAAAAGGGAGGAAAAGAAGCAAAUUGGACAUAAUGUCACACCAAACUCCUAAAAUGGGCUGGACAAAAUUAUUGGCACCCUUUCAAAAUUGUGGAAAAAUAAGAUUGUUUCAAGCAUGUGAUGCUCCUUUAAACUCAACUGGGGCAUGUAACAGGUGUGGGCAAUAUAAAAAUCACACCUGAAACUAGAUAAAAAGGAGAGAAGUCCAUUUAGUCUUUGCAUUGUGUGUCUGUGUGUGCCACACUAAGCAUGGACAACAGAAAGAGGAGAAGAGAACUGUCUGAGGACUUGAGAACCAAAAUUGUGGAAAAAUAUCAACAAUCUCAAGGUUACAAGUCCAUCUCCAGAGAUCUAGAUUUGCCUUUGUCCACAGUGCGCAACAUUAUCAAGAAGUUCGCAACCCAUGUCACUGUAGCUAAUCUCCCUGUGCAUGGACGGAAGAGAAACAUUGAUGAAAGUUGUCAACGCAGGAUAGUCUGCAUGGUGGCUAAGCAGCCCCAAACAAGUUCCAAAGAUAUUCAAGCUGUCCUGCAGGCUCAGGGAGCAUUAGUGUCAGCGCGAACUAUCAACAUUUAAAUUAAAUGAAACGCUAUGGCAGGAGACCCAGGGGGACCCCACUGCUGACACAGAGACAUAAAAAAGCAAGACUACAUUUUGCCAAAAUGAACUUGAGUAAGCCAAAAUCCUUCUGGGAAAACGUCUUGUAGACAGAGGAGACCAAGAUAGAGCUUUUUGGUAAUUCACAUCAUUCUACUGUUUACCGAAAACAGAAUGAGGCAUACAAAAAAAGAACACAAUACCUACAGUGAAAUAUAGUUGAGGUUCAAUGAUGUUUUGUGGUUAUUUUGCUUCUCUGGCACUGGGUGCCUUAAAUGUGUGCAAGCCAUCAUGAAAUCUGAGGAUUACUAACGGAUUUUGGGUCGCACUGUAGAGCCCAGUGUCAGAAAGCUGGGUUUGUGUCUGAGUUCUUGGGUCUUCCAGCAGGACAAUGACCUCAAACAUAUGUCAAAAAGCACCCAGAAAUGGAUGGCAACAAAGCACUGGAGAGUUCUGAAGUGGCCAGCAAUGAGUCCAGAUCUAAAUCCCAUUGAACACCUGUGGAGAGAUCUUAAAAUUGCUGUUGGGAAAUGGCACCUUCCAAUAAGAGAGAUCUGGAGCAGUUUGUAAAGGAAGAGUGGUCCAACAUUCCAGCUGAGAGGUGUAAGAAGCUUAUUGAUGGUUAUAGAAAGCGACUGAUUUCAGUUAUUUUUUUCCAAAGGGUGUACAACCAAAUAUUAAGUUAUGGAUGCCAAUAAUAAUUUUGUCCAGACCAUUUUUGGAGUAUGUUGUGACAUUAUGUCCAAUUUGCUUUUUUUUCCUCCCCUUUUUGGUUUAGUUCCAAUACACACAAAGGGAAUAAACAUGUUUAUAGCAAAACAUGUGUUAUUGCAAUACUUUCUGUGAGAAAUACUUCAUUUUCUUGAAAAAUUUCAGGGUUGCCAACAUUUAUGGCCAUGACUGUAUAGGAAUUAAUUAUCUUUUUCAAUAGACAUGAGAUCCAGAGAUAAUUGUUACAGAGACUAGAGCCAAGUGCACAUGUUAUAGGAGAUGGGAACUAAGCACUUAUGUCUUAAGACAAAGGACACUGGAUAGCAUAUUCUGUGACCUUAAGGGCCUAUAUUUAUAGGCAUAAACAACUGAUAGUUUUCUACAUGGAAGAAAAGUAAAUGUACGAUCUGUACAAAAUGGAAAUAAAUUAUAGUUCAGUAGAGCUUGUGUGAGAUUAUGAUCAGAAUUUACUCAACUGACUUUAUAUGGAGCAUAAAUACUGAAUAAUGCAUGAACUUAGAUUGGGAAAAGCAAUGGAAAAGUAAUGAAUAAUAACUGUAUAUUAUAAUUGUAUAUAAAUAUAUGCAGUAUCUUUUAUCCAAGUGUAUACCCAAAAUAAACUAAGAAGAGCAUGUUAAAGGUGUGUCUGUUUUCAGAUAACCCCCUUAUAGGUGCUGUUUUAUGACAUGUUUAGCGAAUAAUGUAAAGCAACUUCCAGAGCAGGUCUCAGCAGCAUCAUAAACAAUGGAUGGCCUAGACAGUCAUUGAUUACAAUGGGUUUUCUGCAAUGCUUUGUUUUCCACUGUGACGGUUUUGCACAGAAAUCAGCCAUAAGCCACAUCAAGACUCCUUUACCACAGGUGGUGAAGGCAUUCCUAGCAGAAAGACCCAACCAGACAUCAUUUGUAAACAAUUAUGCACAUAUUAUAUUUUUAGAAAUGAAAAAAUAAAAAAUAGAAUCCAAGACAUAGGAAUGGAAAAAAAGUUUAAUAUUAAAUACAAUUUACACUACAAAUUGUUUUCUGCUCUAGGGUCUAUUUACAGGUACAGUAUCCUGCACAUAAUUGAUGCGCAGGAUUUGUAGCUGCUAAGGCUGUGCUUAGUCAAUUAUUUUACACUGAACUCUGCAGCAUAAAAUCUGUAGCAUCAAAUUAUGUUUAUCAAAUAUGCACAGGAUACUGCACCUGUAAAUACCCCCUUAGGGUACAUUCCCACACGGCGUAUUUGCUGCUGCGUAUUUUAUUUUCUCUGUUGAAGUCAAUGGGUAGGAAAAUACGCAGCACCAAAUACGCUGCAAAUACGCAGCAAAAUACACCGUGUAGGAACGUACCCUUAAGUUGUGUUCAGUUUUACUUCACGCCAAAUUAGUGUUACUUAAGGUUAUGUUCACACUGAGGAAUUGGGGCGGAAAUCACGCUAAAGAUUUCCACCCCAAAAUACAUUUUUUUUCUGCUCAGAAUUAGCAGCGAUUUCGCGCGGAAUUCCGUGCGGAAAUGCAGGUUGGAGAGUGGGCGAUAUAUAUGUAUUUUUUUUAUUCAUAAAUACUCCUUUUUUUUUUCAUGCGGAAAUUCCACGCGAAUUCCGCAUGGAAAUGCUUCUGACUGAAAAAAAUAUAUAUAACAUUGAUCUCUAUGGGAGAACGACGCUGAUUCCGCCUGAAAGAAAGAACAUGUUCUUUCUUCAACAUACUUCCUCGUCAGAAUUCUGCUUGAGGAAAUUCCUCAGUGUGAACUGGGGGGCAGAAAUUCUGCACAGCUCUAUGGGGAUGUUCACUGCUGAAUGAUUUGGAGAGGAAAAAGCGAGCAGAAUUACUCGUGGAAAUUCCUCUCCAAUUCCUCAGUGUGAACAUACCCUAACACUGAAUCAUUGCCAUUAAUAUUAUUUUCUAUAAACCUAUUAGAGAUAUUGUUAACUCUUGAAUUAUGUUUCUUUUUUAGGUGAUUGUAUUACAUGGUCAGUAUAGCAUUUACCGUUACAGAGAUGGUCAAAAGAUAUCCUUGUCACUUCGGCUAAAGACCGCUCCUUUAAUACAAUUACAAUGCUUUGACAAAUCAUUUUUAUUUAAGGUAAUUUAUUGGGCAACAAAAUAAUACAUAUGUUUUUAAAGAAACAAUGUAUGAGUUAGUGUUUUUAUUCUUCCAAGAUAAUAGUGGUCCAUUGUCUAGAUCAGUGAUUCCUAACCUUAUUACCAUGGAAAAAUGCUGAACAAUUGAGUCCCAGGAAACCCCACCUCUAAUUCCUCUCUGUAGGGGGCUGUUUUACCAUAUAUACUGUCGUUUUAGAUCUUUCCAUAUGCUGUGUUCUGAGGAAAUCAUACGUUUCCUGGUUGGGAAACACUGGUUUUAAUCCAAAAGUGACUGUAAGUCAUAUGUAAUUGCUCUCUUAUACUUCUAGAAGUAAAAAAGAAAAAAAAAAAUAUAUAUAUGUGCUCUAUGAAACAGCAGAUUACACUUCUUCACAACUUUGCGUUGUGAUAUUCAUUGUUUGGGUUUAAUACAGUCUUGGUACAGUUACUUGGUAGCAUAAUUGUCCCUGUUUAGAUGCCCUCCUGGGGGGGGGGGGGGGGGGGACAUUAG